AACCUCCGACAACACUCGGUCUGUUGUCGGCUGCUUUCGGGUUUACAGUGCUGCAGCAAUGCGCCCAAUCACAGUUGAAUUCUCUUCCGGAAGUUAUGGGCGAAUUCUACGCGGGAAACCCUAGGUUGUCUGGUCGCUCCUGCCUGGUUGUAUACUGGACUCAACGCGGGACGUAGCAGUAAAGUACACAGAAGAAGUAGCAGUUAAGUGAAACAGUGGACAAAAUAGCACGAUGAAGGUGAUAACUUGUGAGAUUGCGUGGCACAACAAAGAGCCUGUCUACAGUCUGGACUUCCAGCACAACUCCGAGGGCCGCAUUCACCGGCUGGCCACGGCGGGAGUGGACACCACUGUCCGACUGUGGCGUGUGGAGAUGGGGCCUGAUGGGAAGGCAGUGGUGGAUUUCCUGUCCAACUUGGCGAGGCACACCAAGGCUGUCAACGUGGUUCGAUUCUGCCCCAACAGCGAGCUGCUUGCCUCUGGAGGAGAUGAUGCCGCCAUCUUGCUGUGGAAGCUGAACGACAGUAAGGAAGCUGAGCCGACCCCGUCGUUCCAGGAGGAGGAGGAGGACGCUCAGCUGAACAAGGAGAGCUGGAGUGUGGUCAAGACCCUGAGGGGACACAUAGAGGACGUUUACGAUAUCAGCUGGACCCGGGAUGGGAACUUCAUGGUCUCUGGUUCUGUGGACAAUACUGCCAUUAUGUGGGAUGUCGUGAAGGGUCAGAAAUUGUGCAUCUUUAACGACCAUAAGAGCUAUGUUCAGGGAGUGACCUGGGACCCGCUGGGCCAGUACGUGGCCACACUCAGUUGUGACAGGGUGAUGCGUGUCUACAGUACACAGAGCAGAAAGAAGGCUUACGGUGUCAGUAAGAUGAGCUCUGGAUCUGCUGCCGAGGGAGAGGUCAAACAGUACCGAAUGUUUCACGACGACAGCAUGAGGUCUUUCUUCAGACGUCUCAGCUUCACACCGGACGGUUCCUUCCUAUUGGCCCCAGCGGGGUGUGUCGAGGCCGGAGAGACUGUCACCAACACCACCUACGUUUUCUCCAGGAAGAACCUCAAGAGGCCCAUAGCUCACCUGCCGUGCCCUGCCAAAGCAACCCUGGCUGUGCGCUGUUGCCCUGUCUACUUUGAGCUGAGGACUAAGAAGGGAGAAGACGGAUGUGCCGCCCAGCACCUGGCUAACACGUUCGGCUUGCCCUAUCGGCUGGUGUUUGCCGUCGCGUCAGAGGACUCCAUCUUCCUGUACGACACUCAGCAGGCCCUGCCCUUCGGCUACGUGUCCAACAUCCACUACCACACACUCAGCGACCUCACCUGGUCCCGAGACGGUUCUUUCCUGGCGGUGUCGUCUACAGACGGCUACUGCUCCUUCCUGUCGUUCAGCCCUGGUGAGCUGGGCACGCCCCUGAAAGAGCCCCCUAUCCUGGAGGUUGUCACCCCCGGCAACGGCCCUGAGAAGAAGGGGAAGAAGGCUGCGGCGCCACGUACCGUCUCCCCCGUUCCCAAAACCACGGAGGCCAACGUGUCCCCCGUUCCCAGAAGCACGGAGCGCACCAGCCCCAGUGACCCCGCCCCGAAGGAGCCCACCGGCACGCCCCUCUCCUCCCUCACUUCGCCCGCCGCCCGCCUGGCCCGUAGUGGGGAGGACAAGAAGACCCCGGUCACUCCCAAGCCUCAGCCCCGUCGUAUCACCCUCAACACCCUGGAGGGUUGGGGCAAGACCGGCGCCCCUAAAGGCCCGGCUGGCCCCAAGACCCCCACCGCUGCCGGCGUCAGCUCCCCCUCCGCCCCCCUGCAGCCUGGCCACACCCCCUCUACCCCUACCACCCCGCAAACCCCCGGCGCUGCCAAGCUCUGCCUAACCCCCUCCACCCCAAAGGCCCAGCCCGGCAGCAUCAACACCAUGGGCUCCAGCGCUCCGAAAGGACCGGCCCCCAGGCGGAUAUCUCUGACUCCUGUUGUCUCCAGAUUGCCAGCUGCCUUCAACACACCCUCCUCCACAGAGAAAGCCAAACACGAACGGCCCUCUCCCCCCACUGACCCAGUGUGUCAGCCUCCGGAGUCUAAGCGCCCCAAGAUCAGCACCCUGGCGAGCAAGAUGGGGAUCCCUCCAGCCUUGGGGGCGACUCAAUUGCAAUAGAAGAGUGGUGUCCCCUUCCAGCUGUCUGAUCGUCAGCACACUUUUGGGAUUCUGGCUGGUUCAGCUGCAUACAAACUGGUUUUAUCAGUUACAUUACUCGCAUGCUCACAUGAGAGUGCAAAUACAACUGGUUCCUCAACACACUUCUGUACAUUUUAUUAACUUCACUAACGCUGACCUCUUCUGUAGUUAAUGUUGGUGGAUAACCAGGAUGUUGUAAUAUAUUACCUGGCAAAAAAAAAGGAUGAGACACCAAUUGUUAAUAAGAUAUAACCGCCUGCAGCUCCAUUGAUGCAUAAAACAUUAGUGAUCACUGCCUUAA